AAUUUACUACGGCCAGUCUGGAAUAAAGAAUCAGCAGGAACAGUAGUAAUAGCAGCAGUUCCUUACGUUCAUAUAAUAUACUUUGUAAUAAUAUACUUAAUUUUAAUAUUUUUAUCAAACGUUGAUAUUGACUAUGAAUGAAAUUUUAUUAAGUUAUUUUUUUUUAAUUAAAUGAAAGUGCCAUUUAAAUAAAUAUUCUACAUUUUACUCCAAAAAAAUAAAACUAUUGUAGAUGUAAAAUUUCAAGUGUGGUUACAAGGCUGUAGAGAAAGGUAAAACAAUUUUCAUUGUGAAGAAACUUUCAAGAUAUAUUUCGUAUAGCUAGUAAACACUAUGGGCUACAGCUCAGAAAUGAAUGGCUGUGGUCGUUUUAUGAAGUUUUCGUUAUUUUUUGUAAAUUUCAUUAUCUUCAUCGGUGGUUGUAUAGUAGUAGGCCUUGCAGCUUGGGCUUUAGUUGAUCGAGUACCUGCUCUUAGCAAAUUAGUAAAUGAUGAUCUAUUAACAGGAGCUACCUACGUACUUCUUGUUGGAGGAAUCAUUGUUGCUGUUAUAGCAUUUUUCGGUUGCAUUGGUGCAUCUCGAGAAGUAAAAUGUAUGCUACUUACGUAUUUCAUGAUAGUUUUUCUACUUUUUAUAACAAUGUUGAUUGGCGGAGUAUUGGGAUAUGUAUUUCGAGGGAAAAUUUAUGGAGAAAUAGAGCAAAGAAUGAAAAAUUCAUUACGUUCAUAUCAUAGACAUGGUAUAACUGAAGCCUGGGAUAUAACUCAAGAGACUUUCCAUUGUUGUGGAGUUCAUGAUUAUCGUGAUUGGAAUCUGAAUGGACUUAAUAUGCCAGAAUCAUGCUGUCGUGAAAUUGCUCCAAAACAGCAUCUUAAAUGUACUACAUACACUCGGAUAGAUCCUUCUACGACAUACAUAAAUGGAUGUUUGAAUACGACUCAAGUCUACGUACAAAAACAUGCUGUCAUACUUGGUGGUGCUGGAAUUGCAGUUGCAAUUCUGAUGUUUUUCGGUAUGAUUUUUUCAUGUGCCUUAUUCCGGAUGAUCAAAUGAGCUAUCAAAUACUUCAUAAGUAACAAACAGAAAAAAAAAAGAUUGUUGUUAAUAAAUCUUACCCAACUUAGUCAUUUUCUAAUAUAAUUUUUGAUUGUGUAUAAUAAUAUGACAUGUAUAUAAUAAAUAUAUACGUUUUAAUUAAAAAAAAAAUAUGUCAAAAACAUGGUGUAUAUUUGUAUA